AUGACGACCGAGACCGAGACGCUGUCGCUCCCGCCGACGACGGCCCCGACGGACGCCACUGCAUCCACCACCUGCCUUCCCCGCGAGGCACACAAGCGCCGCCUCCAAGAUCUCGACUCGGUCGACUGGGACACAAACAUCACCCCCGGCCUGCGCCUGCUCAUGCCCGACAGCAAGUUUCCCUGCCUGUCUGCCGCCGCCCCGAGCCGCGACGAAUCCGACGAUACCGCCUCGGACCGAGAUGAUUGCAACCGGCGCAAAAGUGAAACAAGCGUCGAGGAGUCCUGCAAGCGCGCGCUUCACCACUUUCCUAGUCCAGACGUCAGCUUUCCCAUGCCAGCGCUCGAGUUCGACUUCCGCGUCGCCGUCGCCCUCAACCCGGAACCAUCGCGCAUCGAAAAUCGCGUCAAGAAGGAAAUCACCACCGUCUCCGCGGGACGAUGGUCCGGCUCUUUCGGCCAUGGGCGAGUCAUGGCGGGCGGAUAUGAUCUUGGCCAAGCCCGAGGCUUCCGACCCAUCCGCAUCGUCGAAGGCGCCUUUGUCAUGCAGACAACCGACGAGCCACCCGCCAUACUCGAGAUGCGCACGCGAGGCUCCCUCUCCGGGCCCUGCGACAUCCUCGACACCCUGCUGAGCCCGCGUCAGCCCAAGGACAUUGAUCCGCGCCGCUACGGCUUUCGCAUGUUUGCCACUGUCAAGUCGCCCGACAAGCGCUAUGCCGAGAUUGUCAACUGCGGUCUCUGGAUUGCCAGCGGAGUGUGGAGCGGCGACGAGUUGAUUAUCGAGUGA